AUGGUCAAUUUUCUUGCAACAUCAAGUCCAUUCAAGUCAUCUCUUGGAUCAGGUUCGGUAUAUCCAAGUUCUUUUGCUCUUAGAACUUCAGCCGACCACAAUCCACCGGCCCCUUCAGUUGGAGUAAAUGAGUUGAACAGAAAAGACAUCGUACCACUAAAUACCCCUUCAAUCUUGAUGACCUCAUCGCCUGUGUCAAUAAGAUCAUUCAAGGUCGAGAUAACUGGUAGUCCUGCGCCAACUGAACUUUCAUGGAAUAUUCGAGCGCCAGAUUUUGUUGCUGCUGUAAAUAUGUCUUGCCACAGAUGUAAUGACCCAGAAAAUGCUUUUUUAUUUGGGGUCACAAUAUUGAUUCCCUUGGCCAGGAACUGA